AUGGCGGCCCAGAAGGACGACAGCGCCCGGUCGCCGGAAGUGACGACCGCCAACGAGACGCCUGCGGCGGCAUGGGUCAAGAGCAUCCAGAAGGAGAAGACCGACUACAUGAACUUUGCCGCGUACAGCAAGGUGCAGCUCGAGCACGCGCUUCGGGCGUCCGACCACCUCGGCGUCCCGAACGGACUCCGAACGGCCAUUUGUUUUGAGCUUCUCGAAAAUGUGUCGACGCAUUUUGAACGCUACAAAGACCUUUUGCGCGCCAUUUUGCGCGAGUGCAAACAGAGCGUGUACGUGGACCCGGGCGCGGUCCAAGUGAAAAUUGACGCCGGUGGUUCCGUGACGGUGGCUGAUUUUUUCGAGCUCCAGCCCUAUUUUAUCGAGCUCCAAGACAAGCGUAUCGAGCAAGCCCAGGUCAACGCCGACAUCUCGAUACUCGAUCGCAAGCACGGCUUUAUGAUGGACCAGCUCGCGACAAAGGAGUCGGUUUUGGACCGCGUCUCGGAACGCUGGGCGCGGACAAUUCUGCUGCAGGCUUUUCACAAUUGGCACAAGGUGGUCGCGGACAAGCGCAAAGUGCGGUCGUCCAUGCAGAAAGCCAUGGGCCGCUGGAAAAAGCGACAUUUAACAUUAAUCGUGCGCAUGUGGCGCCAGGUCAUUGUCUCGGAAAAGCAAAUGGAAGCGCGCCGCCGUCUCUCGACGCUCACCGAGAGUGCGGGCGACUGCAAGGACCUUCAGUUCAAGCUCGAGCUAGCGAUCCGCACGGUCCGCGACGAAAUUCAAGGUCUCAAGCAGUCGAUUCAAAAGCAUACACUGACGCAAACCGAGCUCCAAGCGACAUUCUCGUCCUUGAUGGAGAGAGUGCUCAGUAGCCACGAGCGGCAGCUGCAAGAGCUCUCGAACGAAUGGGGCCGUCUCUGCCUCGGCCUUGUCGACGCACAACUGCUGCAUUUGACCAACAUGCUGGGUGCUGUGCCGUACGAGACCUUUGCCGACCCAACGCUGCUCCUACGUCCACGCGACGAUCGCGUCGACUUGCUCAAGGUCCCCGAAGACACCAUUGUGCUCAAGUGGACGAGCCGACUGGUUCACGAGCAAAUUCAGUUUCUCGCCAAAGCACCACCCUCUACGAAUGCCAAAUCGGCGGCGGAGAUUGAGAUUGAGCUCUCUCGCGUUCAAAACUUUACCACCGACAUGAAGGGGCUGCAAGUACUCCACACCGUGCUCAAGGUCCUGCGCCGCAAGGUACCCGAGACAAGCGAGCCCUGCAGUGACUCGGUCGUGGACCACCUUUGCGCGUGGCGCUGUCCCGACUACCUCGUGGAGCACAUUGAGCAUGCCUCUGAGGGCACUCUUGCGUCCCCCGUGUGCCCUUGGCAGGAAGCGAGUGCAUCCUUGGACGAAGCCACAGCCGCAUGGGACGUUGUGCGUAGCGGAUGGCGCGAGCUCCAAAAACCGUUUGAUACGUCGAUGCUCGUGGGCUUCACCCCCGAUACGACCAACGUUGCCGCGAUCGUCGCGGCCAACAAUGCGCUGCAAAACGCCGUGCAAAUGGUGCAGUACGCCUGCUCGGCGCGCGCGGCCAACCAUCAGUUGUACACGGCACUGUCCAAGCGCAUUCACACCAAGGCCAUCGACGUGCUCCUCGUCCGCGUGCACGGUGACGCGCCGUUCGUCAUGGCCAAUCGGCGCGAAGCCCGCGAACGGGCGACGUAUACAACGAUCAAAAAAGAGACACUGAAUGCAAUUUUGCAGUCGGACGUGACAACUGAAGUGCCCAAGAUCGAAGCCGUCUUGGGAGAACAUUACGAGGAUCUCCAGCGCAUAUUCGAAUAUUACGCAGCAAGCGACGUGGGGGAUGCCGGGAGCAUGUCUCUGGACGAAUUUUACGGCUUUCUCAAAGAUUGCAAGCUCAUCUCCAAGUCACUCACGCUCGCCUAUGUCAAGAAGAUCUUUCACGACAUCAACGAAGGCGACGUCGACACGGAACUCGACCCGUUUAACCCCGACAUGGAAUUCAACGCGAGCGAAUUCAUCCAUGCCCUCGUGUGCGUGGCCGAGCGCCGGCUCGGUUCAAAAUCGACGCCGUUGAGCCAGCGGGUGAAGCGCUGCUUGUCGGACUUCGUGCUUGCGAAUGCGUGCCGCGCGAGCAUGGACGGCUUCCGGAACGAGAUGAAUGCGAGUGCGUGCAAGGCUGUGUUUCAGCUGCACCAAACGCUUCUCGAGCGGCUCUACAAGCAGUUUGCCUCGACCUCGGCCACUCUAAGUGCUGCGGAUUUUGUCGUGUUUCUCGAGGAAUGCCAGCUGCUGCCGCACGUGCUUUCGAUUGGCGAUGUUCAAAAUAUCCUUUCAAAAAUCCAACAAGAAGACGAUGUCCUCGAUGGCGGGGAGGCGCCGAGCCACAACAGCGCGCUCGAGUUGACGUUCACCGAAUUCACCGAGGCGAUCGGGGCCGUCGCAUUGUACUACGACCCAAAUGUGUUUACGCCCAUUGCCACACGCCUCGAUGCAUUCAUCGUCCUCCUCGGCACGUCCACCACUGCAGCUGCAGCUACAUAG